AUGACUGUUAUGUUUUCUUGGUUUAUAAGACAAUUGUGGUUUGAUGCUGAUUUUGGGAUGGAGUAUAUACCUUCUCAGGGAGCUGCAGGUAACAGUGGAUGUUUGCUUACAAUUUGGGACAAUUCUAAACUAGAGCUGCUGGAUAAGAGAAUGGGUGUUAACUUCAUUUCAUGUCUCUUUAAGGAAUUAAUAGACUUGCCUCUAAAUGGAGGAUCCUAUACAUGGAGUAACAAACAUGAAGAUCUGUUAUUAUGCAGAUUAGACAGAUGUCAUGCUUGUAUUUCUUUUGACGCAAAUUUCAGCAAUGCUACUCAAACUGCUCUGUACUUUAUAAAGCCUUGGAGUAGAAUUACUUUUGGGAGAGUAAGAAGGAAGGAGGAUGAGUUGACUGAGAAGAUUAAAUCUUUGAAUUUGGCUGAAGAGAAUGUUGCAUUAACACAAACUCAACUUGAAGAAAGAACAACAUUAUUAACUUCGCUAAAUAAUGUAAAGAUUACUAGGGCCAGGAUGGCGUUUCAAAGAGCUAAAGUCAAGGGCUUUAAAGAUGGUGAUAAAAACACUCAAUAUUUUCACAAAAUUGCCAACGGAAAGAGGCAAAAGAACUGCAUCACCAAGAUGGAAGUGGAUGGUUUGGAUUUAUUUAACCAGAAGAUAAUAAAAAUGGAGAUUCAUCAAUACUACUCUAGCCUGUUUACUGGUAAUUCUGAUAUUUCUCCCUCUUUUGAUUAUAUGAAUUUCAGAACAGUUGAUACUACUCAACAAUGUUGGGUAGAAAGACCUUUUGAGGAGGAUGAAGUAGUGAAUGCAAUCAAGAUUUGUGGUGCAAACAAAGAUCCAGGACCUGAUGGGUACAACUUGGAGUUUUAUAAAGCUUGUUGGAGUAUUUUGAGAAGGAUGUCAUGGUUGUUAUUAAUGAAUUCUACUGCAAAGGGAAGCUGGAUUGGAGAUUCAAUAUGUCCUUCUUGA